AUGGCUUUAUCAGCCGAUGGCCGGAUUACCUUGUCAGCUGCCGGCCAAUUGAGUGGCGCCACGGCAUCAUUGGCAGGGAAGAGGCUAGUGAAGUUCUGCAAUGGAGAGUUGAUGGGAAAGAAGCUGAAGGGUGUCAAGGGCAAUGUUAGACCACAUGUGUGCAUGACUCUCACUACUAAUGUUGCUGGUGAGGCUAAGUUGAGAGACCUAGAGAUGGAGAAAAGGGACCCAAGAACAGUCGCGGCGAUUAUACUGGGAGGUGGAGCCGGUAUUCGUCUUUUCCCUCUCACUAAAUGCAGUGCCAAGCCUGCUGUCCCUAUCGGAGGAUCAUACCGUUUGAUUGAUGUGCCAAUGACGACUCAGACUCCGGGUAAGGAGGGUAAAAGGUGGUUCCAAGGUACAGCUAACACAGUGAGGCAGUUUCAUUGGCUUUUUGAGGAUGAAAGAAGCAAAGACGUUGAAGAUGUGGUCAUUUUAUCUGGAGAUCACUUGUAUAGAAUGGACUAUAUGGACUUUGUUCAAAAUCAUCGUCAAAGCGGUGCUGAUAUCACUCUUUCUUGUCUGCCUAUGGAUUACAGCUUGGUUAUUGUUUUCUCACAACUUGGCUUCCCAAGUGGUUUCAACUCUAUAAUUAUAUAUUGA